AUGACUUGGCGGUCUCAAGAGGACGGCCCCGCACAGCACACCCCGCCUGACCUGAGUCUCCCACCUGCAUGGCCACAGUGCCAUCCUAAGCAGGGCCUGUUCCAAGAGGGAACUGGAGGGUCAGGGACAAGGGGCAGCCAGGAGCAGAUGAGGCGGUCUGACAGGGCGGCCCGAGCAGGCUGGGGGCCUUUGCUGAAGCUGCUUGGUGAGGCGGUGUGGAGCCCCUGGAAACCUGACACCAGGGCACAAACACUGGAGAUAAGCUGUGCUGAGCUCUGCGGCCUCACCCAGCUCCCCAGGACAGAGACCCAGCACAGGCCCUGCAAGGGGCUCUACCAGGGGACCGUGCCACCCACCCAGGCUCCUGUGAAGCCCACAGAGGCCGCGCUCCAAGAUGAGGAGCUGGAGGUCACCCCCGGCCCUGGCCCAGGACUGACCGCCCCGCAGAGCUGGCCCAGAGCACCUGCUCCUUGGAGUCUGUCUGCCACCCCUUCUCAGCGGACACCCGUGUCUGGAGCUGGUGGAGAGGGUGGUCUCGGGAAGGACGCAGUCACCGUGAGCUCAGCCCACUUACCGGCUGAGGCUUCUCAGAGGAGCUGGGAGUGUCAGAACUGCUUCUGAGACACGACCUGGGGCCUACCCUGCCCCAGGUCCGCCAGGGUCAACUUGCCCUCCUGACAGACAAGGAACACCCACACAAACGGCUUUCUUGCUCUCCGCGGCACCUCGCUCUGCAAACCUGAGGACGCCUCCAUCGGGUCCCCAUCCUACUUGGCUCCAGCACAAGCCUCUCCCUUCGUUCCAGCGACACUGCCCAACAGCCCGGACCACCUUGUCCAAACCUAGCUCCUCCACCACCACUCUCAAAGAAGGCGGUGUUUGAGUCA